UUAAAAAAAAAAAAUGAAAAAGACAUUUACGUAUAGUGGAAGUUGAAAAAUGAUUUUUUGGUAAAAAUGAUUGUUUUAAGAAAGAAUGGUCCCCAAGGAAAAGCAGGAAAAAAAAACAGAGGAAAUCAGAAAAGCCUGAGAAGAAAGUAAUAAUACAAUGUCUGUAAUAAAACUAGAUAUGAAGAGGGCAUGCCUGUUCUUGUCUCCAACUCCUCCUCCUUCUGCUUCUCCUUCUCCUGUCUUUUCAUUUUGUUCUUUCUGUUCGCCAUUUGUGUCUGGACCCACCUUAAGGAAUCUUGAAAUAUUUUCGUAUAAGAAUCUCAGCUUCAUCGCUCGGAGGAAGAAAGAACAGAACAGAGAAAGAAAGAGAGAGAGACAGAGAGAUAGCAAUGGAGAUGAAGAGAGACCUUAGAGUGGAGGAAGAGAACAUGUGUACGUCUUUGUUGACUGCAUUCGUUGUUCUCUCGAUGGCUUGUCUAAAACAUUUCUACUCUGUAUCUUAUUUGAUCGAGCAAUGGCGUUCUUUAGUAUUUCUUCUACUCAACGUUGUUCUCUUAGCCGUUUACUUCACAUCGACUCGUCCUGUUUCCGGCGAGACUCAUCACAAUUUCAAGACUCGUCGAGGAGGUGCGUUGAGGAUGAUGCGAGAGAGGAAGAGUAAGAAGGCCAAGAAGACAAGGGUAGUGGAGGAACCAGCUUGUUCCGUUGUCGUGGAGCCUAAGGAAGUGAUCAAGAACUGUAUCGUGGAGGAGACGAGAAGUGUAUGUCCCGAGUUCGAGGAAACUGUGAAAGAUUGCUUGCUUCACAAGGAUUCAGUAGACUCUCAUGACAAAGAAGAUGAAUCUGAGCCAGGGAGGUUAUCCAACGAGGAGCUGAACGAGAGAGUAGAGGCCUUCAUCACAACGUUCAGGCAACAUUUGGUACUUGAUGCAAGAAGAGGUAGAGACAGAAAAACUAACCAGAAGAUGCGAACAAAAGACUCUGACAUUAGCAUUUUAGGUCGGGAGGUCACUUGUUCUGUUUAAGAGUUCCUCUACAAUCUUUUUUUGGUAACUGAUUUAAUGUCAUAAGAACCCAAAUACUAUAUUGAACAAUGUAGCUUCAGUAUCUUGAUAGGCUUUCACUAAAGUUGUUAAGAAAUGAGAAAAAAUAUAGUUCGUAAGGGUCAACAUAUUUAGUCUCCUUGAAGAAGUAAGCUUAAGACUUGCAAAAUUUUCUGCUUGGCAAUGUUGGCUGCUGCAUCUCAUCUACAGCUCUUUUGA